GCAUCAUAUUCAUCAUGGCCAAGAAGGACAAGAAGGCGGCCGCUGCCAAGAAGGACGAAAAGAAGGCGCGCCAAGAGCUCAAGCAACAAAAGAUCAACAAGAAGAAGGCGUCGAAGGAAGCAAAGGAUGCCGGCGAGGAAGACAUCGAGGCCAUCUUGCAGGAGUUCAUGAAGAAGGACGCGGCCAAGGUGGCCAUCGCGGUCGUACCGUCGCUGCAGCCGUCGCCGCGCGCCAACUUCUCGUUGAGCUCCAUGGUCAACGGCGACUUGCUCAUGUUUGGUGGUGAGUAUUUUGACGGCGAGUGCAAUGUCUGCUACAACGAGCUGUACCGGUGGAACCUCGAAGCGAACGAGUGGAAGCUCAUCUCGUCACCCAACACACCGCCGCCCCGGUGCAGCCAUCAGUCUGUCGUGUACCGCGACCAUCUGUACGUGUUUGGUGGGGAGUUUGCCACGGCCGAUCAAUUCUACCAUUACCGCGACUUGUGGCGGCUGGAUCUCAAGACAAAUUCAUGGGAAUGCCUCGAAGGCAAGGGCGGUCCGUCUCCUCGAAGUGGCCAUCGCAUGACCGUGUGGCGCAACUACCUCGUGGUGUUUGGUGGGUUUUACGAAGCUGCACGUGAGACCAAAUGGUUCAACGACUUGUUUCUGUUCAACUUUGCCGACCUCAAGUGGAAAAAGAUCUCGCUGCCGGUACACAAGGCAUCCCCUGCGCCCCGAAGUGGCUGCCAAUUGGCGGUGAUGGCGUCCAACGAUACGAUCUUCAUGUACGGCGGGUACGCCAAGGUGAAAAACGUGGGUGAAAAGGCCGAGGGGAAGGUGUACACGGACAUUUGGGCACUCCACAUGGCGCCGAUCAUCAAGGCCCAGGACCCGACGUGGGAAAAGCUGUCGAGAAAAGGCCACGCGCCGUCGCCGCGGAGUGGCGCUACCAUGGCUGUAUACAAGAACCGCGCCCUCUUGUUUGGGGGGGUGUUUGACGAGGAAGGCCGGCGGCACGAGCUCAAGAGCGUGUUUUACAACGACAUGUUUGCAUACGACAUGGAGCGGAAGCGCUGGUACGAGUACCGCCUUCGCAACAAAAAGGAGCCUGGGGCCAAGCGCCGACGGCAAAAGGCCAAGGCGGGCGACAAUGGUGCCAACGACAAUGGUGACGACGACGACAGUGGUGACGACGACAGUGACGACGGGGACGAAAGCGAUGACGGGGAAACGGCCAAGGAAGAGGCGAAGCGACUCAACCAGUUUGGAUAUGUCGGGGCGGACGGAAACAUAGUGUACCUUGAAGACGACGACGAGGAAGAAAAGGAGGAAGAGAAGGAGGAGGUGGAAGAUAUGGUCAAAAAGGACGUGGACGAAUCGAAACACGACGACGACCAUCAUGACGUGGUGGAAGCCGUCGUGUUGCCGCCGAAAGAACCCGCGCAGCUAGAACCUGUGCCGCAAGACAAGGACGAGGUGGCGGCCGUCCGCAUGCCGCUGCCGCGCAUCAAUCCGGCGUUGAUUGUGCGAGGCAACACGUUCUUUGUGUACGGCGGGGUGUUGGAGGACGGCGAUCGGGAAAUCACACUGGACGAUUGCUGGUCGUUGGAUUUGAAACGCAUGGACGCGUGGGUCGAAGUGCUGCCGGGCACCAUGGCCGAACAGUUGUGGAAGGGCGACGUAAGUGACACGGAAGACAGCGCGUACGAUUCGGACGAGUCGGAUGACGACGACGAUGACGACGAGUUUACAGAGUACGUCGAGCCGAUCGACGAAGAAGAGCAAGACAAACCACCGGCGCCAAGUGAGGCGUCGAUUGCCGUGGCCCGCGCCGUGGACGUUUUGGAUGGCACCGCCGAUGAAAGUGCGAAAAAGUCCAAAAAGAAAAAGAAUGACCGGUACGGUGUCAUGUUGUAUAUACGAUUUACGGUGUUUUACAGCUUGAUAUGGUUUUACCAGCUUGAAACUCUUGUGUGGGUAGAAAAGCAAUUCGGCACGAGAUUGAAACACUACAAGACCAGCUGCAGCUCGCGGAUGACAGCCAGACGCCGCUGCCGGGGGAGAACCUCCGGGACUUCUUUGCCCGGACAGCCAACCAUUGGGCUACGCAAGUGGCGCACCUCCCCGACACAUUUGAGCGGCAGCUCAGUGUCAAAGACAUCAAGCGCGAAGGGUUCGCCAUGGCCGAAGUGCGCUACAACGAGCUCUUGCCAAUUUUGGAGCGACUAAAUGAACUGGAAGCCGAGCAGAAGAAGGCAGAGGAGGACCAAAAGGACAAGAAGACGGCCAAGAAAGGAGGUCGCGACGCCACCAGUCGACGUUAACUCCUCAAACGAACACCCAUUUCGUUCAAGUGUAAAAUAUUGUCGAUUCGAAAUUGGAGUGGGCACCACAAUCGAUAUACGACCAAUCAAA